GCCAGGCUUCCCUUUUUUUUUUUUUUUUUUUUUUCCUUUUUUCCUCUUAUUUUUCUCUCCCCCACCGACCCGCGUUGCUAAAUCCUGCCGUCGGGGCCGCUUGCACAACGUGGCCGCGGGGAAACGGGCUGCGGGGGGCGCGUCCCCCCAAAAAAAACGUCGCCUGGGGGGGGGGGGACACGAGGGGACCCCGAGCCGCCCCCUCGGCCGCGGAGAGGCGGCAGCCCCUUCGCUCCCUGCCCCGCUCGGCGAGCCCUCAUCACAAGGUUUGUUUUCCAUGAUGAGCCGCAUGCAAAUCGCGCAGCCCUCGAGCGGCACCCGGGCACGGCGGCGGCGAGCCGGGCUGCCUGCCUUCCUCCUCCUCCUCCUCCUCCUCGGGAGCUGGGGAGUCGCGGCGGUGAGGAGACAGAUAGUGUCCCCAGUGAAAGCAGGGCAGUGGGUGUUGCUCGCCGGCUAAUGAGGCCGCGCUGUUUGCAUGUGAAUGGCAGGUUGAAUCGCUGCAGCAGGGGGUGAGCUGUAGUACGUCGUACCUUCCUUCGCUCGUGUGUAUUCCGCCCCGGCACUUUCUCCGGGGGUUGUGAAGUGCAAAGCGGGACGCGGUCGCCGGCGGUGAGAUGCUAAUGGCCCGGGGUCGUGUAGGAGGGCGAGCUGCGGGGUGAUCUGAGUGGUUGGAAGGUGGCAAAACCGACACCGUGGUCCCUGCGGUGUCCUUUAAAGAGAAGCCCUCGGCGUGGCAGGCUGGCCGUGGGUUAUAAAUCAUUCUACCUCUUAUCUUCUGGGAGUUAGACAAAUUUGCUUAAGUGAUGUGUGAUGAACGCAUUAGCCCCUUUUAUCAGUAGCCGCAGAAAACGAACGUGUUUCUCUGAGUCCUUAGGGCUGCUCGCCCCUCAGUCAUUGUUACCUUUCCCCAAACUCCUCGCCCUCUUGGUGGGCUUCUCCUUUCUUUUCCUCGUCGCCUCAAAAACUGACUUCUCUCACCCUUCUGAAUAAAGAUACGUUCAGAGGGUAGCCUUGUGGAUGGCCCCGGAGCAGGCCAGAUGGAACAGGACAGAACCAACCAUGUUGACGGCAAUAGAUUGAGUCCAUUUCUAAUACCGCAAUCUCCCGUGUGCCAGGCAGAGCCUUCUGCAGUGAAGCUACAGAAUGGAAGUCCGGCGACAGAGAGGCCUGAAGUCGAAGUAAAUGGAGACCACAAGCGGCUAUUCAUUAAAAGCAACUACGGAGUGCCCCACGUGAAGGGAAGUCCAAACCACCGCGUUAGCCCUGACCUUUUACAAGAAAUGAAAGUAUGCUCCAAAUAUAUGCAAAACGGUGGGAUUAAACGCACUUUUAGUGAGCCCUCUCUGUAUGGACUUCAUCAGAGCAAGAAAGUGAAACAAGACAAAGAGGUGAACGGAGAAAAAGCUGAGCCAGAUGAUAACUAUGAAAAACCAAGUGUCUCCAAUUGUUACAGCGAGAAGAAAGCCGAGAGCUUUACAGGACAAGAAAAUGAAGCCUCAGAGUUGAUACCGUCUACAAGAUACAACAGUGGUGGUUCUGAAAACCCUCAUGACCUCCUGAUUCAGAAUGAGCAGGAGCGGGAAAAUGUUCAUUGCCACAACAGGGACAUUGUCUUACUACUUAAGAACAAGGCGGUGCCAAUGCCUAAUGGUGCUACAGUUUCUGCCUCUUCCAUGGAAAGCAUGCAUGGUGAACUCCUGGAGAAAACACUGUCUCAAUAUUAUCCAGAACAUGUUUCCAUAGCAAUGCAGAAGAACACAUCUCAUAUCAAUGCCAUUACCAGUCAGGCUACUAAUGAGUUGUCCUACGAGACAACGCAUUCAUCCCAUACCUCAGGGCAGAUCACUUCCCCACAGACCUCAAACUCUGAGCUGCCUCAAGUGCCAGCUGUAGUGGUUACUGAGGUCUACAAUGCAGAAGACUCCAGUAAACCACCUGUAUUGCCAGGUAGCUGUUCGCUUCAGAAACCAGAACUACAGCUACAGCAACAGAUUCCAGGCUAUGAUACACACCAGUUAUCUGUAGGAAACAGUACUGUUCGUGGAAGUGUAGGGCAGGUUCCCAACCAAGACCUCUCUUUAAGUUCCAGCAGUAACCUGCAAGCUCAGAACACCGCUCUGGAAAGGUUUUCUGAGCAAGCAGAAAAUAAUGGUGCUUUCUUUAAACAGAACUCAAUGUUUCAUAAAGAUUCCUCCACUCCUCCUGCUCCAGAAAUGAACAGUGCGCUGUCUGGCGUGGCGCGAGAAGGACGCCACUCCUAUGACAACGGCGAGGAAACUCUUCCUGGAGAGAUCGAGAACGAAGGGCAGCAGCAGGGACUGGUGCCAGAGAGUCCCAACCUCAGCCAGCAGCAACUUCACCCUCCGCAAAGACUUCCGCAGCAGGUGCCAACAUCACAACAAGAUGUCAGCGAAAGCAAUCCCCGAGCUGCUGCGGCCGCCUUGAUUCAGCAGCACCCAGAAGAAAUGCCGCCACCGCCAGAGCCUCCCCUCCAAAGCCUGCAGGCGUGCGGAAGUGACGGUGAGUUGCCGCAACGCUGUCAGCAUUUCCCAGGACAGAGAGAACCUGAGAUUCCUCCUGACAAAGAGAAGGACCAAGCGAAAGAGCCUGUGCAACAGCCUCAGCGUUACUCGAAGCCGGCCUGGAUCGAGUUGGUUUCCACGCAGUUCCGCCAGGGAGAGCCUCCCCACAAGCCCAGCGAAGCGUUACUCCGAUCAAUUCUUCAGUUCCAGGCAAACACACCCGAAACAGCCUAUACAAAGCAGUAUGCUGGAAGUCCUGAUGCAUUAAAGGGGCCGUCGGGACAGCCCCAGAGCCAGAAGAUAAUGCAACAGGAACAAAUUCCCCCUCUGUACAAAAGCGAGACCUCCCAGCUGCAGCCGCAUCCCACAGCUGACCCCCAGCUGCUGUUCCAGAAACACUCGCCGCAGCCCCAGCUCGCCAAGAUGGAUCCCCCCCGCAAGUCCCAAGUGCAGCAGCACCCUGCGCAGCAGCUCCAUUAUCAGCAAAGACCUGAACAACCAGCCGAACAGCCCCUAGGGGCCCCGCUGAAACAGCAGCACUUGAAUCCCCCGCCAGGGGAAAGCGAGCAAUUCUUGCAUUCACACAUUUUGCAACAGAUGCUCCAAAAGCAGGCACAGCAGACCCAGCUGCUGUGCAGUCCGCAGCUAACCCCCAACCAGCAACAGGCUCUGCAAAUGAGAAGUAAAGAACCGCCCCAAGCCGUCUCCCAUUCCCAAAGCACCCUGGAGCAGCAGCUAGACAGGACAUCCUUCAGCCAGCUUAAAACAGAUGAGUGUUUUCAAACUGGGAAUAAGUACAUGAAACCGGCUGCCUUCCCGCUGCACAGCCCUCAGCUGGGGCUAGAGCAGGUACAGAGCGUGAACAACAAGGCUCCCCUCUACAGUCAGAAAACAAACGCUGGUCUGCAGCAUCCCUGCCCAAACAACAUGCACUUGAUUUCUGAGAAGGAAAACGCCGCGAAUGUCGAACGCUUUGGGGCCAAGAAAAUGCAGGACUUGCAGCACGUGCAGUAUUUUUCAAACAACUUGCCCCCCAAGCAAGAUGUGAAUCACUGUUUUCAAGAACAAGAGCAACAGACACAACAAGCUUCGGUGAUACAGCUGCCGCUCCAGCAGACACAAGGCUACGGGGGCAGCCUGAAUCAAGAGCUCCCCAGCCACCAAGCCCCGCAGAUGCCCCAGCGGUACUUAACACACAGCCAGCAAACUCCCCCGCACGCCCCAGAGCAGAGAGGCUGUCAUCUGCAGACCCAAACCCAGAAGGAUUUUCAAAAGCACGCUGCCCUAAGGUGGCAUCUCUUACAAAAACAGGAGCAACAGGCGUACCAGCAACCCAAACCCGAGCUCGGCCCCAGCACAGCACGCAAGCCUAUCAAAAUUGAGGCUGGCACAAAGUCUAACGUCUGCAUGCGUCCAUCAACUGGACAGCUAGAAAACAAAAUGUGGAAAAAAACAAUUAAACAAGAGAAUCAGCACUUCAGCUGCGAGAGCAUGCAACAAAAGAGCAUCAUUGAGACAAUGGAACAGCAGCUAAAACAGAUACAGGUCAAAUCACUGUUUGAUCACAAGACUUUUACUGUCAAAUCACCUAAACAUGUGAAGGUUGAAACAGCAGGCCCUAUUACCAUCCUAUCGAGAAACACCUGUGCUGCAGAAUUUGACACUCAGACCCCAAUCUCAGAACAACAAGCUAACUCGUCUGCUGAGAAAACCCCGACCAAAAGAACAGCUGGAACUGUUCUCAAUAAUUUUUUAGACUCACCUUCCAAGUUACUGGAUACUCCUGUAAAAAAUUUAUUGGACACACCUGCCAAAACCCAGUAUGACUUCCCAUCUUGCAGCUGUGUUGAGCAAAUUAUUGAAAAAGAUGAAGGUCCAUUUUAUACCCAUCUAGGAGCCGGUCCUAAUGUGGCAGCUAUUAGAGAAAUCAUGGAAGAAAGAUUUGGACAGAAGGGUAAAGCUAUAAGGAUUGAGAGGGUUGUCUACACUGGGAAAGAAGGCAAAAGUUCUCAAGGAUGUCCUAUUGCUAAAUGGGUAGUCCGCAGAAGCAGUCAGGAAGAAAAGCUACUCUGCUUGGUGCGCGAGCGAGCGGGCCACACGUGCGAGACGGCGGUGAUCGUGAUUCUCAUCCUGGUCUGGGAGGGAAUCCCGACAAGCCUGGCCGACAAGCUGUAUUCUGAACUCACCGACACCCUGAGAAAGUAUGGCACGCUCACGAACCGGCGGUGUGCCCUGAAUGAAGAACGGACCUGUGCAUGUCAAGGGCUGGACCCUGAAACUUGUGGUGCUUCAUUUUCCUUUGGUUGCUCCUGGAGCAUGUACUACAAUGGUUGUAAGUUUGCCAGAAGCAAGAUUCCAAGAAAGUUUAAGCUGAUGGGGGAUGAUCCAAAAGAGGAAGAAAAACUAGAAUCCAAUUUGCAGAAUCUGUCAACCCUGAUGGCGCCCACCUACAAGAAGCUUGCACCCGAUGCAUACAACAACCAGAUCGAGUACGAACACAGAGCACCCGAGUGUCGCCUGGGGUUAAAAGAAGGUCGCCCAUUCUCAGGGGUCACUGCCUGCCUGGAUUUCUGUGCUCAUGCUCACAGAGACUUACACAAUAUGCAGAACGGGAGUACACUGGUUUGCACACUAACUAGAGAAGACAAUCGUGAAAUUGGACAAACACCUGAAGAUGAGCAGCUCCACGUGCUCCCAUUAUACAAAGUCUCUGAUGUGGAUGAGUUUGGAAGCGCUGAAGGCCAGGAGGAGAAGAAGAGGAAUGGCAGCAUCCAGGUCCUUACCUCCUUUCGUCGGAAAGUAAGGAUGUUAGCAGAGCCUGUUAAGACGUGCCGGCAAAGGAAGCUAGAAGCAAAGAAGGCAGCUGCAGAAAAGCUUUCCUCCUUGGAGAAUGGGUCUAGCAAAGCUGAAAGAGACAAGUCUGCUGCAGCACGCAACAAGCAAGGCAACUCUGAAGCGGCAGGUCAUGCAAAGCAGCUAGCAGAUCUUUUACGCCUUUCAGGACCAGCCUCACAACAACAGCAGCAACAUCCCCAGCGCACUCUCCCUAACAGCUCUCAGUCAAAUCCUAUUAACUCUUACUCGGGUUCAGGUUCUGCAAAUCUGUAUGUAAGGUUGCCUAAUCCAGCUGGUGGUUAUCCAAGCUCUUCAUACACUUCAGAUCCCUAUGGAGGGUCCAGUCCCAUGAACCUUUACACCACCUCAUCACAGCCUGCGGGGUCUUAUUUGAAUUCUUCCAGUCCCAUGAACCCUUAUUCAGGAUCGUUAAGUCAAAAUAACCAGUAUCCACCGUACCCAUGCAAUGGAAACAUGCCAAUGGACAACUGCCCCUCUUACUUGGGCUCCUACCCCUCCCAGCAUCAGCACAUGGACUUGUAUAGCUGUCAGAGCCAAGACCCUAUGUCUAAACUAAGCCUGCCACCCAUUCAAACAUUAUACCAGCACAGGUUUGGGAAUAACCAGAGUUUUGGUCCCAAAUACUUGAAUUAUGGAAACCAAAAUAUGCAGGUAGACUCCUUCAGUAAUUGCACCAUUAGACCAAAUGUACACCACGUAGGGUCUUUCUCCUCUUACUCCACCCACGAGGCUGAUGGUCAUUUUUUGGAGGUAGCCUCGAGGUUAAAAUCUAAUCUGAGUAAUCCAAGCAUGGACUAUGCCUCCAUGAAUAAAAACACUGAACAUCACCAUGUGCAACCCCCUCCACAUUUAGCACACGACUACCAUCCUGCUCCAAGUAUGUUUAGUGGUCCUCCUAAUUCGUUGCACCUCCAAAAUAAGGAUAGCGAAAUGAUUUCACAUGCAGUCAAUGGUUUGUCUAGCAUGCUUCCAGGUCAAAACCAUGAUAGGACUACUCCCCAAGGUGGUUUAGAUAAAACCGAUGUGCUGAAUCCUGAAAAAGCAGAGGAUCCUGAUGAAGUCUGGUCAGAUAGUGAACAGAGCUUCCUGGAUCCAGAAAUUGGAGGAGUGGCAGUUGCUCCAUCUCAUGGGUCAAUUCUCAUAGAGUGUGCAAAGCGUGAGCUCCAUGCAACGACCCCCCUAAAAAAUCCCAACAGGAACCAUCCCACCAGAAUAUCCCUUGUCUUUUACCAGCACAAGAGUAUGAACGAGCCAAAACACGGUCUGGCUCUGUGGGAGGCCAAGAUGGCUGAGAAGGCAAGAGAGAAAGAAGAGGAAUGUGAAAAAUACGGUCCAGACUACGUGCCUCAGAAAUCUUAUGGCAAAAAAGCAAAGCGGGAGCCUGCUGAGCCACAUGAACCCUCGGAGCCAACGUACGUGCGCUUCAUCAAGUCUCUUGCACAACGGACGCUGUCGGUCACCACAGACUCCACAGUAACAACAUCUCCAUAUGCCUUUACACGGGUUACAGGGCCUUACAACAGAUAUAUCUAACUUCACACCUUCGUUGGUUACCUCAUUUGAAAAAAAAACCAACUCAUCAGUAGGGUAGUUCUCGUUUAGGUUUUGGGGAAGGCAAGGGUGGAGGAGAAAACAGUGUUUUUAUUAAACUCAUCGGUGGAAAAAGCCUCAGCACACCAGCAAAAAGAGGUAAUCUCACUAGCGCACUUCUUUUCCACUGGUUUUUAAGUGGUCACAGAUGGCAUGUAGGAAACAAGACCAAA